AGCCAAACCAGUUAAUUUCUUCGCGCGCGCUCCUUCGUAUGGUUAAAUGGCGAGCGUUUCUAACGUUGUCAUAGCAGUGAAACGAGGUUUAACAGUUUGGCUGUCGUAUGAUUCAAGUUAGAUCGGGUCGGAUUGUCAAAUGUGCUAUAAAUGGCUUUAAAAUAUCGAAGGAUGUGUAUUUUUAAUCAAUUUUUCCACGUUGAAAAGGUUUAUACCGAUUUGUCGAAAAACGCGGAUGUUCUUUUCAUAAAUUAUAUAUUAACUUGGGGAUUUGGGUUUAAAUGCAAUGUGUGAUUGUUACACAAGGAAGGAUUAGAUUUCGUUGCUAUGAGUACGUGACUAUCGUGGGUUUUCGAUCAUGUUUAUCGGUGAAGGAAAACAAUGACAGACGUUUGUGUUUGAAAACCCAUUCAAAUAGGAUUACUGUUUGUGUUAUUACUUUAAAAACAGGUUUAUUCACACUUUUGUCAAGUGUGUGAAAUAAAAACAGAAAUAUGGAGGGUUUUUGCUUGAUGGUUAAACAGUGUAGAAUAAUGCGAGUUUAUUUGCUUUGGAACAAAAACAGGAUAUAAUUAACUACCGUUGUGAACUCGCAACCUUGCGUCAUUAUUAUCCGGGUAGUGAUCACGCAUCGAUAAAGGUCCUACAACAACGUUUGAAACAUUCCCUGUGUAAAUAAAGGGGUCGUGAUAAAGGAGCCCAGGGGUUUAACAGCACGCUAAGGAGUGACAGGUCUGCUUUGAAUCAACUGAGGGAAUAGGGUUUCAAUGUACAUGUGGUUUUUGGAUUGUAAACAUUGGAGCGCGCGUUUGAUAGUUUGAAAAGGAGUACAAAGAAAUUUGAAGCAUUGGAUUUAUAAAUUUGUAAGCGUGUUUCGUGUAUUGUUGUUUUUAAUAUUCAAGUGUAGCCGUAAAGUGAUUACUGGUGUGAUAAUACACAUUAUUAAAACUCGUGGGAAAAGUGGAUUACGCAGGAUUUUUUCCGGAUAUCGCUUAAAUUUUUGAGAAAAAUGGACGCCAAAAACAUUGAACAGACAGAGCCGCUGAACAGCAAACACAAGAAGAACAUGUUGGCAAACAACCACCAUCUCAACCACAUCGACCGCGACGGGAGCCUCCGAAAGGACCGUAAGUCCGAUCGAUACAGCCUGGGCAGGCGCAGCAGCGUCUCCAGCUACCUGAGCCGCUCCAACCGCGGUCACCGCGUCCGGAAGAAGCAGUCGUCGCGGGAACAAUGCGUGUAUAGACUAAAGAUGGUUCUGCAAUGCUAUAAUGUGUUUAUACUGAUCUUGGGUUGUGCCGUGCUGGGGGCGGGGGUGUGGCUGCUCGUGAAGGAGUUCAGCACCCGGGAGAUGUCCGCCAUCCUUGGCUCCCGGCUCCUCGAGAUCGUCACAUACGGGAUGAUAGCGGGAGGCGGGGCCACAACCAUUCUUGCGUUCUGCGGUUGCUGCGGAACUAUGAAGCAGGAGAAAUUCGUCCUUGGAUUUUACGGCGUUGUACUGACGUUGGUGCUAAUUACGUUAUGUGUAGGAUUUGGUGUCAGCUUCAUAUUCAGAGACGAAAUAACUAAUGAUGUUAAAAAGAAGUUCGAGACAACGAUCAUAUUUAACUACGGUGUUGACGUACAACGUAACUCUUCUAAUAAGCUCAUCACAGACGCUGUGGAUUCCAUGCAGCAGGCGCUUGGGUGUUGCGGGGCCCAUGGUGACGUCAACGACGACUAUUCCUGGUCCAUCUACAAGUCACAGAGCAAGUGGAUGAAGCUGUACAAACCGGAUGGUAAAAUAUACGUGCCCGAGAGUUGUUGUAUAGACGGUCAGAGCAAGGGGCUGUGUCAGGGAGAAAACGAUCAAUACGAGGGACCCCCGGCCUAUGGACCGCCCAUGAAGCACUGGAAACACAAGGAUAACCCCGCACUUUACACCACCGGUUGUUAUGACAAAGUGCUGGAGUAUAUAGAAGUACACAUGCUUGUUAUCAAGAUAGUUACGGGCUCGGUUCCAGCUUUAUUGCUCAUCGGAGUUGUGAUUGCCUUCUACCUAUGUGCCAAUGUCACUGACACUGAUGAUGACGAAGAGUUCGAAUGUGAGGUGGAAGUUUAGCCAGUGCCGGAAAUUGUGUCGUUUGGUGAAUUUUCGAGAACCAAGACAAACACUGAAGUAUUAAAGAAUAUGUGCGUGGACGGGAUUACUAUAGUUGGGAUUAAUACGUUUCGCGAAUCCUUGGAAUAAGUGUUUGCUGAAUCAGAGUGAUGGUUUUGGGAAGAAUUUUGAUAAAAAUGUGUUGGCUUUCAAGCGACGAGAAUGCAUUUACCGAAAUAAGCUCAGCGUAAUAUUAUGACUUACUAUUAUUAUUAUUAUUGCGUUUUGCAUUGUGAUGUCCGAAUGAAUUAAUAAUGCCAUUAAUAUUAUAAUUUUGUAAGAAAAAGGUGUUGUCGAAUUGGAAUACAGUGAUACGAAUAUACCGCAGUUGACGUCUGGAUGAACGUUCGCACAACGUAACAACCGACGCUGAAUUCACAUGAGAGCAUCUCUUCCAGUCGACAGAACAUCGUGUUGCUACAUUCCGGUACGAUAUGCAAUUGAGUCCAGGCCUUAAAAAAGAUGUGUGCUAUGCAAACCACUGAAAGAGACCCUCGCAUACUUGGAGAAAGGCGUUCACUCUACGUCGUUCCCUAGAUCACAUAUUCUCUACGAGAAUUAUUUCUGGCACAGAUUUAAAUUCAAUCUUCUCUCAGAGGAAAUUAUUUCCUUAUUAGUAUCAUUCAUAUGGAAUUUAAACCAAUAUAGCAGAGCUAACGAAUGUUUCGGGUAAUGUUUUACAACCAGAGAAAAUACAGUGGAAAAUUGCUGUUUUCUACAAGGCGAAGCGUAAUCAAAUGCGGUUUUGCUUUUUACAAAGCUGCAUAUCUGGGACCAAGCUUUUUACAAUUCUGAAAAAAUACAAGCUUUUUGAAAAAGCUCUUUUAUUUUGUCUCAAAUUCGUCUUCCGAAAAACGAGACGUCAACAAUAGAUCUCUUUGCGAAGCGCGACAAAAUAUCAUGUUUACUUCGUAAAUAUUAGUAAAAGUGCGUUUUUCAAUAUCCAACAGUAUUAGUUAUAAAAAUUAAAUAUUGAAAGGAAAAUGAAAAACGUGCGUUCAUGAAAUUAAAAACGCAUGCUUGUGAAAUGUAACAUUGUUUUUUAUGAAAUAAAAACGUGCGUUGAUAAGAUGUGUGAAUAAUCAAUACGUGUCCUGAUGAAGGGGUUUCACAGUUUUAUAUUCUUUUGUAUAUUGCAGUUCUAUUUGUAUGAGAAAGAUUAAUUUGGCGUGUGUUUUGUGAUUAUGUGUUCGUUAAAAAAAUAUUCUAGUCGACUGGAAUUUGAAAUAUUUGUAUGUCUAGUGUGCAUAUGUCUAAACCGCGUUCAUUAUAUACCGAGGUGGAGUAACAGUGAUUUCAUUGGAUACGUGUGAGUGUUUCAAAUCAUUGAGUACAAGUGGUGGAAUAUGUUCAACGCUGUGGAUUAACCAUUGAUGGGCGCCUUCACUAACAUGGAAUUUUUAUUUGACGUAUUUCUCCAUAUUUGGUCAAUGACACAUGAACUAUAUUCUUAUAAUUUGGUCACAGUUUAGUCGUCAAAUAUUUGUAAAAUAAGUUUUUCGUAUAAUUUGAUUUAAUUUCUUGUGAACUUGCAGAUGAUUUUAAAUAUUUGUGAAAUGUAAUAUAUUAUUUUAAAAUAUAUAUAUAUAAUUUAUUUUACCUGACGUGACUUCCCCAUGCUAAAUUACCAUAAACCCAUAAUUGCAUUUCUUCAAUAUGCCAUUACUUCAAUAUGCCAUUACUUCAAUAUGCCAUUACUUCAAUAUGCCAUUACUUCGGAACGUAAUAUAUCCCGAUUGGGUAAUAAUUUUUAGCUCACCGGAGCACAAAGUGCUCAUUAUGAGGGGUUUGAUAGUCUUUUAUCCGCCGUCUGUCGCGAGUCAUAAACUUGUAAAAGGACAUUUUCACGUUUUGGUAAAUUGAAAAAAUCAUAAACUUGUAAAAGGACCUUUUCACGUUUUGGUAAAUUGAAAAAAUAAAAAAAAUGUUUCAGAUUCGCAAAUGCUCGUUGUAGUUAUGAUAUUUUAAAGGAAACAGUAAUACUGAACAUUAAGCAUGCUCUAAUAUAUCCAUUAUAUGCAUUUUCUGACGAUUUAAAAACCUGAAAAUUAUAAAGCGUUGCAACGCGAAACGAUUGAAUAAUUUGGAGAGUUCUAUUGUUGUCGUUAUAUUUUGUGAGACUACAGGGAUUGAUUGUUUAAAAAGUAUAAAAUACAUCACUCAUUGUACGAGCACGGAUGGCCGAGUAUUCUAAGCAUUAGACUUUAACUCCAGGGAUCAGUGGUUCGAGCCCAGUUGAAAGCUACUUUUUUCCUUUCGUUAAUUGUAUUCUUGUUUUUUACUGGAACUUUUUAGAUCCAAUGUUUACAUUUAUCAAUAUGAAGCAUUUAAUGACUCCGAUACAAUAAAACUCCAAUACAUGCCACAAUCUGUGAAAAGGUCCCUUUAACUCGUGAACACUCUGAUUUCUCAAUUUUUGUUAAAUCUUCGUGAAACUUCGUCUGAUCAUUUGGCCCUAUGAAAUUUCGAUGGAGUUUGAAAUUGGUUCACGUGGAGUGAGAAACUACGCCACUGGGUCAUAUGAAAGAAAAAGCUUGCGAACUCAACCAGAGGCCCCAUUUACUUUCCAAUAUUCAUGAAACCUACUCAGAACAUCUGCCCCAAUGAAAUCUCGAGUGAGUUCAACAUUUGGUCACGUCAGGGUUUAACUAGGUCAAUAGGUUGAAUUAAAGAAAAAACGUGUGAAAACAUUAGAGGCUACAUUUAUUAUCCAAAUCUUCAUGAAACUAAUUCAAACCACUUUAACCAAUAAAAUAUAAGCCUAAUUCAAAUCUUGUUCAAGUGGGAUCGAAAACAAAUGCCACUGGGUCAAAUACAACAAAACAAUGUUAUGAACACUCUAGAGUCCACGUUUAUUGCUUAAUAGUUAUUUCACUUGAUCACAACAUUCAUUACAUGAUCUCUUGACCGAGCCCGAAACUGAUUUAAGUGGGAUAAAAACUAUGUCACUACGUUUAAUUUAUUGAAAACCUUGUGGGUACUCCUGAUGCAACGUGUGCUUCUCAAUCUAAAUGAAAUCCGUUCAAACCCAAUGGUAUUUCUAGGGAGUUCGAAUCUGGGUCACGUGGGGUCAAAAAUAUGUCAUUCAUUGUGAGAUUUUAAAAUCAUUUGGCACAUUUGUUCACCAUCAUUGGACGGUGUGUCGCACACAAAAAAUAUGUCAAUAUCUCCAAGGUCAAGGUCGCUACGACUAAAAAUAUGUUUAUUUUGAAACAAAGGGGGUUAAUUAUAAACAAUCAGUUCAGUUUGACUUGUCUCCCUUUAUCAGACUUUUUUUUUCAAAUUGAAAACCUGGUUUUGUAACAAUUUUGUCCCUUGUUGAUAACCUAAAUCAUUUUUCGGUUCCUUUGUUGUAUUCUCCGCUUUUGAAGUCAGUUUAGCUUACCUGAGCACAAAGAGCUAUUGUUAGCUUUUGUGAUCGCCUUUUGUCUGUCAUGCGGCGUCAACAUUGCCUUGUUAACACUCUAGAGGCCACAGGUAUUGUCCGAUCUUCAUGAAACUUGUCAAAAGAUUUGUGCCAAUGAUAUCUUGAACGAGUUCGUAAAUUGUUCCGGUUGGUUGAAUAACAUGGUCGCCAGGGUCGGGGCAUUUUUUCUUAUAUGGCAUUAGUAAAAUCUUGUCAACAGUCUAGAGCCCACAUAUGUUUCCGCUCUUCAUGAAACUUGGUUAGAUCAUUUGUCACAAUUAUAUAUUGGAUGUGUUCGAAUAUGCUUCCGGUUGGUUGAAAAACCAGUCCGCCAGUGGGCGGAGCAUUUAUUUAUAUGGCUAUAGUAAAACAUUUUUAACACUCUGGGAGUCACAUUUAUUGUAUAUAUCUUGAUGAAACUUGGUCAGAACAUUUGUUCUAGUGAUAGCCGGGCUGAGUUGGGGUUUUUCGAAAAACAUGGCUGCCAGUGGGCGGGGCAUUUAUGCUCAUCUGGGAUGACACUUCACGCACAUGCAUUAGUUAGAGUGAGCAGCCUGUCUUACUGUUUAGUUCCUCAUAUCGUCACUCAUUCUGAGAAAUGCAAAACAAGCAUGUUGAUUUCAAUAAUGAAUUACCUUUUUAAGUAUGUUUACUCUGUGAUCUUAUUUUUUUAAACAUUUUAUAUUUUAAUGAAAUAUAUUUACUGAUAAAAAAUGGUCCAAUAGUAGGUCAUUAUAAAAUUGAUCAUCACAAUCAAUUAAUUAUAAUGGUACUAAUUAAAUAAAACGGAUAUGUUUUAUGUUCAAUUUUACUUCAAAUCUGCGAUUGACUUGGUCUGCCUUUACGUUAUAAUUUUAAGAGAAAAUUCGUUUUACGUAACCAAUUUUCAAUAACCCAAUGUUCUUGAUUUUCUGUUCUGCGAAAUGCUGCACAUGUGUGUGUGUAACAUUGUAAAAUAACCAUAGUAAUCAUUGGACUGUGUCUUUGAAUGUUUGAAAGUGCGUGUUUUUCUCGGUCUCUCUUAAUUCACUUUCUUGUAUAUAGUGUAUGUGAAGUUUUUUUAACUUGAUUAUUAUUAUUGUUAUAUACAUCAAUGGAUAUGUUUUAUAUACAUGAAUUUAAGCGUUAAAUAAACAUUAUGAAUAUAA